AUGGAGUUUGUCCGGGGCAGCGUCACCUCCGUCGAUCCGGAGCGAAAGGUGGCUCGGAUUCUCGAACUGCAGUCUCAACAAACCAGACAUGAGCAGUAUGACUACCUCAUCGCGGCCUCAGGACUGCGACGGGUCUUCCCUACCGUUCCUCAGUCUCUGCGAAGGGAGGACUUUUUGAACGAGGCCAAGUCGCACAGAAAGAGUGUUUUGGAUGCGCAAGAGGGGGUGGUUAUCGUUGGUGGGGGUGCUGUCGGCGUGGAAAUGGCUGCGGAAAUCAAAGAAAUUGAUCCUAACCACAAAGUAACAUUGGUUCACUCCCGGGACCGUUUACUUUCUGCAGAGCCACUGCCAGACGACUUCAAAGACCGUGUAUGCGACGUCCUGCGGGAGACUGGCAUCGAAGUCAUCCUUGGCCAGAGAGUCGUCGACCACAAGGCAGUUGAGACCAGCGAGGAGAGACGAACCUGGCAUCUUACCCUAGCUGACGGCAUGCAACUCAAAACCGGACAUGUCAUGAGCGCCAUCUCGAAGUGUGUUCCCACUUCAACAUACCUGCCACAGGAUGCACUUGACCAAGAAGGUUACGUGCACAUUCACCCUACAUGCCAAUUCAAAAACAACAUCCCCAACGCAGAGCACCACUUCGCCAUCGGUGACCUCGCUUCCUGGCCGGGGAUCAAACGCUGCGGCGGUGCUAUGCUCCACGGCCACUAUGCCGCGGCAAAUGCCCACCAGCUCAUGUUGUCCGAAUGUAUUGGCAGCAAGCCUGAAUUCCUGUCUCUUCAGGUUUCGCCGCCAAUGAUCGGACUCUGUCUGGGUAAGACGGCUGUCACGUACAACAACAUUGAAGGGACGCGCUCGGGUGAGGAUUUAAAUACUGCCAUGUUUGGUGAUGAUAUGGGUAAUACUAUAUGCUGGAACUUCAUGCGGUUGAGUGAGCCAUGUCAGGCAUAA